UGCAAUUUUUGGAUUUUUGGGAAUUUAAGCAGCCAGUGAAAUGAUUUAACUCAUUUAAGCAUAUUUCAAUCGGAGAACCAUUCGUGGAACAAGAUUGAGCAUAUAUUUCUGAAAGGGAAAUAUCAAAAGACAAUGUCUUUUGGAUUGUCUAUGGUUAGAGUCAGACAGAAAAUACGUGCUGAGAGAUAUUGCAACUCGAAGGAAAGCCUUCGGAUUUCGCGAUUGAGAAAGCUAGCUGGAGGGAAAAUAAUCAGGAGAUGAUGAUGAUGAACUUUAUUUAACCACGCUAAGCUUGUGUCUUGAGUUUGCAAGGUGCCUUGGCUUUUAUUCUGACUGUGCCAUAGCUGACAUUUGUUCUUUUCAAGCUGUUUGAGGGGUUUUUCAAUGUUGUCCGUCAUUUCUAAUGUUUUGGUGGACAUGUUUCUUGUGUUGGUCGCUGGUCUCUUGGUAUGUUGACAUUAUCUAGUGCCUCGGGUAUACCUGGAACCAGAAGGAAAGGUAUAAGUAUAUUAAGUCAUGGUAGAUUUGUCGAGGGGGGGGUGUCUGGUGGGAGAUAUGGCCCUCUUGUUCUCUUAUGCCAGUCUGAAAGUAGGGCUAAGCUCCUUAAUAAUUUAAUGACAAGUAUGGUUUCCUUUGCCAGAAUAGUUAUAUAUUCAUAUAUCCAAUAGGCAUAUAUCCAGUGUUAAACCAUGUUUACUUCAAGUUUUGUUUUAAACGUUGUUAUGAGUGGCCAAAUCGUAACUUCCUGCUGUAGGUUUGAAAACCGUAAACUGUUCCAUUCAUUCCUAGUGGUGUUACAGCACUGGGAGACUGCCGUCAAGUUGAUUCUGGCCAGAGAAGCUUUGAUAACGAAAUUAGAAGAUUUCGAGAGACUGGCUUCGGACCCAAACCGUUUCUUCGAGAGAGGAAGCCCUGGUUCGGCCAGUUCUCGGAUCAAAGAGGCGAAAACCAGAAAGCAAUUACAUCAUAAAUUGGACAAGAUUGAAGUUCGAAUUAAGAAAAUCGUUGUUACGAUUCAUGAGACGUUUUCCGAUGUUGUCACGUUCCAGGGUCGUCCAUACCUUGAGAAAAUGUCCAGUGAUCGUACAGAGAUGUUGUAUUGGCUUCAACAAGAACGGCGAGAGACCGCUCUGGAUAUGGCGAAGAGAACUGUGGAACUUAGGAUGUUGGAGAUACCUACGACUGUAAAUAACGUUGUGUGAUUGUGUCAUUGCUUUAAAAUAUUGUAAAUGCUCUGGACCAGACGGUGUAAAAAAUUCAAACGAACAUCUCCACACUAAAGCAAAAAUAACUAUGUGUUUAUAUGGGUAAUAGAUAGGGGUGCGUCAAACUGAGUGUGCACUUUCGAUUUACUCCGAAAUUUCCAUAGAAUUACUAUUGUAAUUCAGUUAAAAAUAUACGUGAUUAGUCUCUAUAUAUAGAGGCUGUCGUGUUUUUGAUCUAUUUCAUCAAGAAAA